GGGCUGCGGGCGGCGCGCACCCGGCCUCUUGCUUCUCGCUCCGAGGCUGCGGGACGGACGCUCCGGGGAACUCCCUAGCCCGCGGCCGGCCGCGUUCGGACGGCGCUAGCCGGCGGCCGGGCGGUCCCAGCAUGUCGGCCGCCGUGGCGUGCCUGGACUACUUCGCCGCCGAGUGCCUGGUGUCCAUGUCCGCGGGCGCCGUGGUUCACCACCGCCCGCCGGACCCCGAGGGUGCGGGCGGAGCCGCAGGCUCGGAGGUGGGUGCGGCGCCGCCGGAGUCAGCUCUGCCGGGUCCGGGGCCACCGGGGCCCGCGUCGGUCCCCCCGCUCCCGCAGGUCCCCGCCCCCAGCCCCGGCGCGGGCGGCGCCGCGCCCCACCUGCUGGCUGCAAGCGUUUGGGAGGACUUGCGCGGCAGCUCUGGCGAGGGCUCCUGGGAGAAUUCGGGGGAAGCUCCACGCGCCUCGUCCGGCUUCUCCGACCCGAUCCCGUGCUCCGUCCAGACCCCGUGCUCCGAGCUGGCUCCCGCCUCCGGCGCCGCGGCGGUCUGCGCUCCCGAGAGCUCCUCUGGUGCGCCCGCCGUCCCGAGCGCGCCUGCCGCCCGGGGCGCACCAGCGGCCUCUGGUGGGGUCUCUGGAGGGGCCCUAGGGGCCGGCCCCGCCCCCGCCGCCGAUCAGGUGCCCCGGAGGAGGCCUGUCACACCUGCUGCCAAGCGCCACCAAUGCCCCUUCCCGGGCUGCACCAAAGCCUAUUACAAGUCGUCGCACCUCAAGUCUCACCAGCGUACCCACACGGGUGAGCGUCCUUUCUCCUGCGACUGGCUCGACUGCGACAAGAAGUUUACGCGUUCCGACGAGCUGGCCCGCCACUACAGGACGCACACGGGCGAGAAGCGCUUCUCCUGCCCCCUCUGCCCCAAGCAGUUCUCUCGGAGCGACCACCUGACCAAACACGCUCGCCGCCACCCAACCUAUCAUCCAGAUAUGAUCGAGUACCGGGGGCGUCGUCGCACUCCCCGCGUCGACCCGCCACUCGCCAGCGAGGUGGAAAGCUCCGCCUCCGCCUCCGGCUCCGGCCCCGGCCCGGCGCCCAGCUUCACCACCUGCCUGUAGGACAGUCAUUGCUGUCAGUCUUACCCUCAAGGAUGAUCCCCCAGGCCGUUGUCCCUGCCUUCUCUGCCCAUCCCCCUUUCCCAGAGUCAUUACACCAAGGCACAGACUGGUUCCUCUGCUUUGAGGGUGGGUCCAGGCAGACAUGUGGACUCUGGGAAGGUACUGGGGGCCGGAAAAUAGCGGGAAUUCUUGCAACGCAAAAAAGUGGGGUUUGCCUCAAGACAGCCCCCAGGAACUGAUAAGAAGGGAUGAACUCCCAUACUCUCCGAAAUACUGAAGAUUCUCCCCUCCCAGGAACCAGGGAUGUGAAACUGGAAUUCUCAGAUGCCUGAGGAGCUCCCAGUCUCAAAGGACUCUGGUGUCUCACCCAUCCACCAGGGUGGACCUUGGAGAGGGUGUCAGGGGUGGCAGUCUUGGAGAUGUCCAGGACUGGGAUGGUGAGAGGCCUUUGGAAACAGAAAUGAUUUCUAUUUCUGUAAACAGCAAUGUU